AUGUCCAAGCUGGCAAGUAGAGUUGAGAGAUCAUACGCCAUUUAUCAUCCUACGGUACAAAACACGAUCGAAAAGUUAAAGAUACACCUUGGUCAUAUCGAUGAAGCAAACGAAGAAGCAAACGAAGAAGUAGACGAAAAAGUAGAAAAAGAAGUAGACGAAGAAGUGGACGAAGAAGUGGACGAAGAAGUGGACGAAGAAGUAGACGAAGAAGUGGACGAAGACGUAGACGAAGAAGUAGACGAAGACGUAGACGAAGAAGUGGACGAAGAAGUGGACGAAGAAGUGGACGAAGAAGUAGACGAAGAAGUAGACGAAGAAGUGGACGAAGAAGUGGACAAAGAAGUAGACGAAGAAGUGGACGAAGACGUAGACGAAGAAGUAGACGAAGACGUAGACGAAGAAGUGGACGAAGAAGUGGACGAAGAAGUGGACGAAGAAGUAGACGAAGAAGUGGACGAAGACGUAGACGAAGAAGUAGACGAAGAAGUAGACGAAAAAGUAGAAAAAGAAGUAGACGAAGAAGUGGACGAAGAAGUGGACGAAGAAGUGGACGAAGAAGUGGACGAAGAAGUGGACGAAGAAGUAGACGAAGAAGUGGACGAAGAAGUGGACGAAGAAGUGGACGAAGAAGUAGACGAAAAAGUAGAAAAAGAAGUAGACGAAGAAGUGGACGAAGAAGUGGACGAAGAAGUGGACGAAGAAGUGGACGAAGAAGUAGACGAAGAAGUGGACGAAGACGUAGACGAAGAAGUGGACGAAGAAGUGGACGAAGAAGUAGACGAAGAAGUGGACGAAGACGUAGACGAAGAAGUAGACGAAGAAGUGGACGAAGAAGUAGACGAAGAAGUGGACGAAGACGUAGACGAAGAAGUAGACGAAGAAGUGGACGAAGAAGUGGACGAAGAAGUAGACGAAGAAGUGGACGAAGACGUAGACGAAGAAGUGGACGAAGAAGUGGACGAAGAAGUAGACGAAGAAGUGGACGAAGACGUAGACGAAGAAGUAGACGAAAAAUAAGUAGACAAAGAGAGAACAGAGACGUGGACGAAGAAGUAGACGAAAAGGUAGAAAAAGAAGUAGAAAAAGAAGUAGACAAAGAAGUGGACGCAGAAGUAGACGAAGAAGUAGACGAAGAAGCAGAAGCAGACGUGAGCACAA